GGCUGGGCCGGGGUCUGGGGUGGCCACCCCCUGGAUCCGCCAGUGCCCAUCCCACCGUCAACAUUCCCAAACUCCCCCCCUCCCCAUUUCCGUAGCCGUCGCACAAAACUCAAUCUCCGUCCUCUCCCUCCCAUUACAUCGACCCAACCCACCGCCAUCAUUCCCAAACUAGAUCUGAAAGCUUUCGGAGCGAGGGAAUCUGGGGUCUAUGUUUAGCGUGACUAAAUACAGAGCCUUCAUUUGCAAAACAAGGGUUAGAACAAGCAAGCGCAAACUGAAAUCAAAAUAAAAGAAAUCGUCGGGCAAGCUAGUCUAUUCCGGCUUCUUUUCCCGAUCCUUCGAUUUUGGCUCCAUCUUCUUCUGGGUAUUAUUUCUCUUCCGCCUCCGGUGCAGCAACGGGGAAGAUGGAGGACAGUUCGGCGGCAGAUGCGUCUUUUAUCGGUUCCGGCAGCGGCUGGAAAUACAGAGCGGAAGAAGGAGAAGGACUUGACAUCCUAGAUCUAAAGGAUCUAUCUCUGCCGUGGCCUUUUCUGAUCCCGACUCAAUGGAAGAUUAGGUGGUGGAACUGGAGUUGUUCCCCGAACUUCUCUCUGUGUCUUUUCCUCGUCAGAUCAAAACCCAGCAGGUGAAACAAGUGAAGGAGUUGCUCUGGAAACGAUUGAGGAAGCCUACCAUUUCCUGCUCACGCGAAUGCUAGUGCAGUAGCGCUACGAGCAGAACGGCACCACACACAAAACAGAACAGAAAUCUCAGAUAUCUAUCAUUGGGGAAGAAGGAUUGGGCAAGGGAUGAGUUUUUUUAUUUUAAUUUUCAGUUUGUAUUUUUAAUUUAAUUUUUAUUUUCAACUUGGCAUCCACGUCAGCAAUCAUGCUGAUUCACUAACGGUCAAUGAUGUUGAUCGUCUAAUCUGACGGAAAUUCACGGGUCGGGCCAAUUGAGUCUAUAUGAUACAAAGUUGAGGCCAAGAUGUUAAUUUCUGAAACCAAAGACCAAAAUUGAUUAUAUGAUCAUACUUCGGACUAGAAUAAGGUACUAACCCCUAAAAAAAUGUUACAACCAGUACAUCAAACAAAUUACAUAGUUUCAA